AUGAAUUCCUUGGCAGAUGAUCUAUGGGCAUUAAUAUUUGUCCGAUUACCGCUAAAGAGCAUCGCCACUUUCAAACUGGUCUGCAAGAGAUGGAAAUCACUACUCGAAUCUCCCUUUCUCCGCAACCUUUUCCUUUCUCACCAUCAAAACUCGCAUUCUAUGUGGUCGCUCAUGCUGAAAGAUAACCAGCAAGAAGCCGUUGCUCACUACGGUUGCGAGAUUUGGGGUCAUCCACCGCAACAACUUGGCUCUUACAUCGCCACUUUCGUUACCGAAUUAGCCUUCUUUAGCCACAAGGAAAUAUACAGACACGCAAGAGCCGUGGCUUACACGGAUGUCGGGUUGAUUCUGAUCCGUGUUGUGUCUGUCCUCAGGAACGUAUCCUUGUACGUGGCUAAUCCCGUUUCACGAGAAUGCGUAGAAACUGAUCCUCCUUGGGUUGAACCAGAGGAGGACUACUGGAACCUAGGUUUAGCCACACGAACGGACGAAAACGGCGGCGUUUUGGGUUACAAAGUCGUUCUGCUCUACGAUGCAGAAAGCCGAUGGACAAACAGCUUUAAUUUGCUGAUAUAUUCGUCAGAGACUGGCUUAUGGAAACAAGAAACCGUACAGUUUCCUUACUCUUUUCACUACCGUCACGAGUUUAGCUAUUCCAUUAGCAUGAACGGACAUCUUCACUGGGUCGCUCGCGAUGACGUGAAUGAUGAUGAAGUGGUUGUAUCCAUCGACUUCUACGGUUCUGAUCAUCCCGUAUGUCGUGUUACGAGUUUCCCUGAUCUAGGAACGUCUCCACUAUUCCAAAGAUUCUGCACUGUUUCUCAAGGGAGUCUAAUGUAUAUGAACAUUGCCAGUCAAGGCGAUGAGUACCAUAAGUUAAGCGUAUGGAGGCUAAAGAGCAGCUGGGAAUGGAACCUAGUGUCUGAAAUAUCCUACAUUAGUUAUGAACACACUUAUAUCCCGUUGGCGAUAAACCCUUUUGAUGCUGAAACGGUCUACUUUUGGAGCAACGACUUGGACGACCAAUGUUUGGUAUCUAUGAACUUGGGCAUUGGCGAGUUUUUCAUCCACGGUAAGUCGGAACGUGGCAGCACUGAUGGUUGCCUUCUCAAGACCCCUGAAGGCAAGACUUUUAUACAACUCGCCCAAGAAUUUUCAUCGUUCGUUUUACCAAAGUGGCUGUAUCGGAUCCCCAACACGGUGACUAAUAAUAGUCGACAGCCCUGGUUCAUCUCUAAUCCUACUUUCAUAUGGUGA